GUCAAGGGACGGGAAGAAGCCGAGAGAAGAAGGCAGCGGGUGAGGCGGAGGGAGGCCGGAGAGGGGAGUCUGUCCCUCGGCUGGAUCUGGUCGAAGAAGCGGCGGAGAAGAGCAGAAACAAAAUGAGUGUGAAGUCAGAACGCCGAGGGAUCCAUGUUGAUCAGUCAGAACUGCUUUGCAAGAAAGGAUGCGGUUACUAUGGUAACGUAGCUUGGCAGGGCUACUGCUCCAAGUGCUGGAGAGAAGAGUACCAAAAAGCCAGGCAGAAGCAAAUCCAGGAAGACUGGGAGCUUGCUGAGAGACUACAGCGUGAGGAAGAAGAGGCCUAUGCUAAUACUCAGCACACUCAUGGGGCUCAGUCACUUACUUUCACAAAAUUUGAGGAAAAAAAAACAAGUGAGAAACUGCGGAAGGUGGCAACGGUGAAGAAAUUCUUUGGAGCAUCUUCGCGUCCUGGAACUAAGAAGGAAGUUCCAGAAGCCAAGGCGCCUAGUCCUUCUAUCAGUAGGCAGGUCAGCAUUGAAACUGACAGAGUGUCCAAGGACUUCAUUGAAUUUCUUAAGACCUACAAUAAGGCUGGCCAGGAGGUCUACAAGCAAUGCAAACUAUUCCUGGACACGAUGCAUCGUAAGCGGGAGUUGAGUAUUGAGGAACAGUCUGAAUAUGCUCAGAGCCUCUAUCAGAACGUGGCAGAUAAGCUACAGACUCGCUGGAAAGCGCCUCCAGAAAAAGUGGAAAAAGUGACGGAUCAAGUGGAGAAAUACAUAAUGACCCGCUUGUAUAAAUACGUUUUCUGCCCAGAAACUACGGAGGAUGAGAAGAAAGAUUUGGCUGUCCAGAGAAGAAUCAGAGCUUUGCACUGGGUUACUCCACAAAUGCUUUGUGUUCCUGUCAAUGAAGAAAUCCCUGAAGUCUCGGAUGUAGUUGUGAAAGCUAUCACGGACAUCAUUGAAAUGGACUCGAAGCGUGUCCCCCGGGACAAGUUGACCUGCAUCACUAGCUGCAGCAAGCACAUCUUUAAUGCCAUCAGGACCACAAAGGCUGAACCAGCUUCAGCUGAUGACUUUUUGCCCACUCUCAUCUACAUUGUCCUGAAGGGCAACCCACCCCGCCUGCAGUCUAACAUUCAGUACAUUACUCGAUUCUGCAAUCCUAGCAGGCUGAUGACCGGGGAGGAUGGAUAUUACUUUACAAACCUGUGUUGUGCUGUUGCCUUCAUAGAAAAGUUGGAUGCUCAGUCCUUAAAUCUGAGCCAGGAAGACUUUGACCGCUAUAUGUCUGGCCAGACCUCUCCAAAGAAAGAAGAACCUGAGAACUGGCCAGCCAACGUAUGUGUGGGGAUGCGCCAAAUGUACAGGAAUCUUGGUCUCCUCUCACAACUGAACGAGAGACAGGAGAGGAUUGUCAGUGAGGCCAAAAAGCUUGAGAGGGACCUUAUUGAUUGGACUGAUGGGAUCACCAAGGAAGUCCAGGAGAUUGUGGAGAAGUACCCUUUGGAGAUUAAAGCCUCAAACCCAGCCUUGGCGGCCAUUGACUCUGAAAAUGUUGAAAAUGACAAACUACCCCCUCCACUUCAACCUCAGGUUUACGCUGGAUGAGAAUGGCAUCAAGACUCAGAUAUUCCUUCCUUC